UGACUCACACUUUCUCUCUCUUCAAUGUGGCCUUGAAAGUUGAAACAGCUUGAAAGUUGAAACCUCUCACCCAUGUCAUAAUUUUCUUUUCUUUCUUAGCUUUCUCUCUGCUUUACCAGAAAAUUGAGCUCUCUCUCUCUCUUAAUCUCUCACCAUAUUCACAUAGAGUGAAUAGCCUAGCUGAGGAGAUAGAGACUUGUGGCAGCUGAAAAGAAAAUCAGGGAAAGGAUUUGCGGAAGGUGAUACUAUGUUGGAUUAUCAUUGAGAGUGUGAAGGGAUGUUGGAGAAAAGUUUGAGAUGAAGUGGAUUGACUUUCAGCCAUGAUAAGGAGAUGAGUGAAAUUACUUGGAAUAUCACAGGCUGGUUGCUGGGGUACGAGGAGAAGCUAGUUGUUGAAUUGUUGCCGGUGUCUUUGACUGAAUUGCAUGUUACAAAAGUCCCUUGUCCUUCCUUUGUCUUGCUUAUUUAAAUAUUUGAAGCUGCUAACAUCUUGGUGAAUGGCUUGUAAAUUGUAAUAGAUGUAAUGUUUUGCUAGUAAUAUAGUUAUCUAGCAACAAUAUAAUUUAUGACUCACUGAGUUUUGGUACUCUCAAGCGUUCCUCCAAGUAUCAUAAUUUUCUUGUAGCCUUAAUCUUGCUGGUACUAGAAGGGUAAAAUGGAAUCAGAGACUUCGAACGCCAGACACCCUCCCAGUUUUCUUCAUCGGUCACUUCCUGCUGUUGUACCAAUCCUUUUGAUUUCAACAGGAUAUGUUGACCCAGGAAAGUGGGUAGCUAUAGUUGAAGGAGGUGCAAGGUUUGGGUGUGAUCUGAUGGCCUUCACGCUUAUCUUCAAUUUUGCAGCUAUCUUCUGUCAAAACUUAUCAGCAAGGGUUGGUGUUAUAACGGGAAAAGAUCUUGCUCAGAUUUGCAGUGAUGAGUACGAUAGUUGGACAUGCAUGCUUCUUGGGGUUCAAGCAGAACUUUCAGUGAUUAUACUAGACCUUAACAUGAUAUUGGGCAUGGCACAUGGAUUAAAUAUUCUUUUUGGGUGGGAUUUGUUCACUUGCGUCUUUUUCACUGCUACUGGUGCUGUUUUCCAUCUCCUUCUUUUUGUCCUGCUUGACAUUGAGAAGGCGAAGAUCCUGGGCCUGUUUGUGUCAGGUUCUGUAAUCCUUUUGUUUGUACUUGGAAUACUCAUUAAUCAACCAGAAAUUCCAUUAUCCGUUAAUGGAAUACUAACAAAGUUGAGUGGGGAGAGUGCAUUUGUGCUAAUGGGUCUUUUAGGAGCAACUCUUGUGCCUCACAACUUCUACCUUCAUUCCUCUAUUGUACAGUGGCAUCAGGGAUCAACUACCACUUCUAAGGAUGCUUUGUGUCAUAACCAUUUUUUGGCGAUCACGUGUGUCUUCAGUGGCCUUUAUUUGGUAAAUAAUGUGCUGAUGAAUGCUGCAGCGAAUGAGUUAUACAGUAUGGGUCAUGUUUUGACUACUUUUCAGGACACACUAUCACCAAUGGAACAGGUGUUACGUAGUCCAAUAGCCAUGCUUGCUUUUUUACUCAUUCUGUUUUUUUCAAAUCAAACCACAGCGUUAACUUGGAGUUUUGGUGGAGAAGUAGUCGUGCACAGUUUCUUAAAAUUGGAUAUUCCAGGUUGGCUUCAUUAUGCUACAAUUAGAGUAAUUGCUGUUCUGCCGGCCCUUUAUUGUGUUUGGAGUUCAGGAGCUGAAGGGAUGUAUCAACUACUUAUAUUCACUCAGAUUGUGGUAGCUUUGCAACUCCCAUCUUCUGUGAUCCCCCUUUUUCGGAUUGCUUCAUCUAGAUCAAUAAUGGGGGUACACAAGGUCCCUCAAUUUGUGGAAUUUUUGGAGUUGAUCAUAUUUAUUGGGAUGCUUGUCUUAAAUAUUGUCUUUAUUGUAGAAAUGUUAUUUGGCAGUAGUGACUGGGUGGGCAAUUUGAGAUGGAAUGUGGGGAAUGGGGUGUCUCUCUCUUAUUAUGUUCUUCUUUGCACUGCUUUUGCAUCAUUCUGUCAGAUGCUUUGGUUAGCUGCCACACCUUUAAAAUCUGCAAGUGUCCAAUUAGAUGAUCAGGCAUGGAACUGGGACAUGCCACAGGCCAUACCAAAACCAGAGAUUGAUAACGAGGAAACAGAUUUAAAUGAAACAAGGUAUCAUGGAGAUGCAUCUGUUCAGGUGAAGGAACCACCACCAGCUCUAGCAAGGACCUUGGAGUACCCAGAUGUACCAGUUUUGGGUUUUCAUCAUGAUCUACCUGAAACUAUCAUGGAGCCUGAUGUUCCUGUGACUACUGUAAGGGAGACGCGUCCAUUUACAUCAUUUCCUUGCGCCCCACCAUCUGUUAAGGAAUUGGCUUCCACUUCAGAAUCAGAGGAAGUACCAGCGGUAAGUAAUGAGACUUCUGAUAUUAGAUUGGGUGAUGCCAAAACGUUUAAAACAAAAACUAGUGCCCCUGUUGAGAAAACUGUAGAAGUUGAGGGGGAUUCAAAUGCCGAAAGGGACGAUGAUGAUGGAGAUUCAUGGGAAACUGAAGAAACACCAAAAGUGGUCUCACUAGCCCCAUCUUCGGCAUCAGAUGGCCCACCAUCAUUCAGGAGCCUUAGUGGGAAAAGUGAUGAUGGAGGGAAUAGCAUUGGAAGUCUUUCGAGACUAGCAGGUUUAGGGCGUGGUGCAAGACGUCAAUUAGCUGCUAUUCUGAAUGAAUUCUGGGGACAACUUUAUGAUUUGCACGGUAAUUUUACCCCGGAAGCUAAGGCUAAGAAACUUGAUGUUUUGCUAGGAGUAGAUUCAAGGCUCACUGCUUCAUUGCAGAAAACGGAUGCAUGUGGAAAGGAAUAUCCUGAAUACUUGAUGCCUGUAGGAAGUAGAGCUCCGGAUACUUUAAUGAACUCCGCUCCAUAUGACUCUCCCAAGCAGCAUAGGAUGCAGAGUAAUUUAGAGUCUUCCUAUGGGCCUCGAAGGAGUUCAUCACUGCGGACCAAUCCUGUCCAGUUUAUAGAUGAAUAUGUUCAGAUCUCCAGCCGCAAUCUCCCUGGUGCUGGUGAAAGGCGCUAUUCCAGUGUGCGCAAUCUACCUUCAUCUGGAGCCUGGGAAUAUCCGCCAGCUACUACACAUGGUUAUCAGGUUGCAUCGUUUAAUCAGGCUGGUAAAGACACAACUUCUAAUAACUUAAAUGGUCUGAUGGAAUUGUCUUCACUGAAAUCCCCUUCCGUGGGUAAUACCAACAGCUACAGGAAUUCUAUUGCAUUUGCUAUGGGGCAAAAGUUGCAAAAUGGUUCAGGUUUAAGCCAACCUCCGGGGUUCUCUAACAUUGCUGUCUCUAAGAAUAGCCAAUUGCCAUCUGAGAGGUCUUACUAUGAUUCUCAUCCUUCUGGACCUGCAGAUAAUGCAGUCAGUUCAGUUAAUGCUAAGAAGUACCACAGCUUGCCAGACAUUUCAGGAUAUGCCAUUCCUCGCAGGGAUGUUUACAUGACUGAUAAGAGUGCUCCAUGGGAUGGCUAUGUUGGUGGAUAUGGAUCUUCUGCAAGCAGGACUCAUUAUGAACCAUCAUUAUGUUCAAAUUCUGGAUCAAGGACGGUAGCUCCUUUAGCCUUUGAUGUACUCUCUCCAUCAAAAGUCUACAGUGUACUUUCUUCUCAGUAUAAUUCUGGUGUCGGUACUGGAUCCCUCUGGUCCCGACAGCCUUUUGAGCAGUUUGGGGUGGAUGAUAAAACUCAAAAUGCUGCAACUGAAGAGGUUGGAAAUAGGCCUCGUGCAACUACUCAAGAAACCACUUCAAUUGCGGAUAUAGAUGUGAAACUUCUUCAAUCUUUUAGACAUUGUAUUCAGAAACUCUUAAAACUGGAAGGGUCUGAUUGGUUGUUUAGACAGAAUGACGGGGCUGAUGAAGAUCUGAUUGAUCGUGUUGCUGCAAGGGAGAAGUUUGUUUAUGAAGUUGAAACCACGGAGAUGAACCGGGCCAAUCAUAUGGGAGAAGCUCGUUAUUUUUCUUCUGAUGGAAAGUCUUGUUCUUCAAUGAAGAAUAAUGAGGUAAAUUGCUCUAGUUUUUCUAUGGCCUCAAUCCCUAAUUGUGGGGAAGGGUGUGUAUGGAGAGCAGACAUAAUAAUAAGCUUUGGGGUGUGGUGUAUCCACCGCGUUCUUGACCUCUCACUAAUGGAGAGCCGACCAGAGCUGUGGGGAAAGUACACUUACGUACUCAAUUGCCUCCAGGGCAUCAUUGAUCUGGCUUUUUUCAAGCCUCGUAUUCCCUCUACCCCAUGCUUUUGCCUUCAAGUUCCCAUGACAUACCAGCCAAAAUCAAGCUCGCCUCCUUCCAAUGGGAUGCUGCCCCCUGCCUCAAAACCAGGCCGUGGAAAGAUCACAACCGCACCAGUGGUGUUUGAGAUGGUCAAGGAUGUGGAGAUCGCAAUCUCUAGCCGGAAAGGUCGUACCGGAACUGUAGCCGGUGAUGUAGCGUUUCCACUGGGAAAGGAAAAUUUGGCAUCUGUUCUCAAGCGUUACAAGCGUAGAUUAUCAAAUAAACCAGUUGGCACUCGAGAAGGGAUUCGCAAGGUUCCCACAUCAUCACCAUACAACUUGUAGCAUUUUUCCUUCAGCAUGCAUUAACAAAGCUGUAUUCCUGGGGCUGUUCUGACUUGUGAAGAAGUUCAUGCUAUAGAUCAAAGGAUUACCAUAGGAAGUUCCUCCCCACAGGACUGCUGUCACCGUGUACCAACCCUUGCCGCAGAUUUUAUUUCCUUGUAUGUUAUAUACAGAUAGGGUUAGAAUUUCUGUGUGUAAUUGCAACAAAAUGAAAGGAAAAAUGGUUAGAUGGAAACUGACUUCUACCAUUUUGGCUCAUUUUUCAUUACUUCAUUCGCAAGUGCAUGCAAGGUGGGGAAACAAAAUGGGGGAUAAAAUUGUCGACAUGUGGUCAUCUAAACCCGGGAAAAAAAAUUGUCCACAUGUUUUUAAUUGGAGUGUUAUUAAGGCACUUGAUGUUUGCCAAGUUUUCGUUUUAUUAAGCCCUUCGAGCGUUAGUAUGGUUAAAGUGGUUAUGUUUUUUGGUUGGCCCAGUUCUCUGAAA